AUGGAUAUCGAAAAAGAUGAUGCCAGUGAGAGCGAGGAAGCCCUCACUGAAGAAACGAUUGAUGUCGCUGCAGUGCACCCACAGCGCACUGAAGCUAACGAGUCAGCAGAUGAGUUCAUACUGGCUCGUGAAACGGUAGUCCGUUUUGGGUAA